AUGGCCCGCAAAAGAGCGGUGGAUGGUGGCAGAACUCGGCCUUUAGGUGGACGUACUUCAAAUCCUGCCGUUGCAGCAGAUGAAGAAUUAAAGCGAAUGUCUUCUCCUGGAUCGCCUGAAAGGGUAUCCCCUCCAAAAAAAACACCCCGCAAAGCCGCGCCCUGGGGAAAGUGGAGCGAGGAACAGCUCUUAACAAGCGAUAAGUCGGUUUUAAUAGACGCAGACUUGGUGAAGCUCUUAGCUAGCUCUGCAUCAUGGCACUGUUUAGAGGAAAAUGAGAAGCGCCAAAUCCUAGAUUUGCUUCCCUCCGAUAUCCACCCGAACCCAGAUCCCCCAGCAGAUGAUCCCACCGCAGCUAUUCCACCACUCCCUGACUCCUUUGUUCGCUACUCAAACAAUUGGAGAGACGGCAUACGUCAGUUCCAGCUUGACUUGCAGAAUGGUCGCUACGACCCAGACUGGUUGCGACAGGCGGAUGAAGCUCGACUAGAACGUCAGAACGGAGCCUUUGACUCAUUCAAGGAACGAGAAUAUGAGCAGUUCUGGGGCCAGAAGCAGAAAUCUGACACGCGCCUUGCCACUGGAGAAGCUGGAAGGAUCAGGUUGAAUACUUUGGUUGCCAAGGGAGUCAUUAGGGUCGGUGACGUGUGGAGAUUUACUUACGUCUAUGGCAAAGGAGCUGACCGGAUAUUAAUUGAUAAAGAAACAAGGAUACAAGAAAUAAAUGGCUCCAAACUUACAUUCGUGAUGCCAGGCAGGCAAGAAGUUUUUCUCAAAAGCAAGCUCACUGAUUCUCCAAAGAACAAUCCAGAGGAGCAUGACAAUAUAUCACACCAAGUUGAAAACAAAGGUCUGGAAGAUACAAAUAAGUCGAUUACAGAGGCCUCGAAUCAACCCUGUCAACAAGAGCAAGCCGCAUUGCAGCCCACUCCCACCAGUGACCAGUCUGCAAGUCCCGAUGCAGAAGAUGUUGAAUACGACUUGCCUGUCAAUUCCAACAACGAGCAGAGUGAAGAACCGAUACAGACAUCGAACGACAAAGGAGGCACUGCAAAUUGGAUCGGAAAGGAUUUCUUCACUUCGUCCCCACUCUCAAGCCCGCCCCCCAGCUUGCCGACAUCUAGCCCGCCAAAACAAUCUAUCCGCACCAAUCCUGUAGCUCCAGAGAGACAGUCAAAUGUUGAGGUCGUAAUUUUCAGCCCUCACAAGGCGUCAGAUGAGACGCUCAAGCGGUCAAUUCCUCAACCUGCAGUAGAGCCCCUUCCAAAGCGCAAAAAAGGCCGACCCCGCAAGGUCCCAAUCGAUCAUGAACUCUCUGAGGUUCAAGAUAUCCCAGAGAUAGAGGAUAAGCCUCUGUACAAAGAAGAACCAGAAGCCAGUCCUGAAGCUAAACCAAUGCCUGCUUCUCGCCAAACCGUACAGGUUGUGCUCGAGUCAACACCAAAUCUCACCCCUAAGCCUGAACCUAUAACAGAAACCCACAAACCAGAGAAGAGUAUUGAGGACUCUAUCCCUCUUCACUCAGGGAACACAUCAGCUGAGGCUAUCAAGUAUCCUCCAAUUUUUGAACUACCCGGUCCUUCAGACAUACCCAUGGAUGUUCCACCCAGUACACGACCAGAUGAACUGGACAUCACAAAUAAUGUGCAGUCUGACUUGAAUUUUACUCCAAAAGACACACAAGAAGUUGCAUUACAAACAAACCCAACACCGUCAACGUCUCUACCUAUCACAGAGCAAUCUAGCAUCGCGCCAGAAGAAGUCGUCGUUCGCGAGAUAACCAACCCGAUGAUGCUAGCUAAGAGGAUACUAGCUGUCGAUGGGCGCAAGAAAGACAGCCGUACAGCCAAUGCCUGGAAGGAGAUUCGCUGUUAUCGCGACAACCAGGAUAUGGGUUCGCUUUGGGAUGUACGGCAGGCCUGGUUUCUGAAGCAGAAAUAG